AUGGCCUCACGAUCGUCCAGCCAUUCAUCCAAAGCAAAGCCUUUACCACAGGAUGGUUCCUCUCACGGUUGGCGACCAUUGGAGGAUCUUACAGUCUCGAAAAGAAGUGGACUUGAACGGAAUGGUGCACACCGCAGAAAUAAAGGCAACCCCAAAACUUUGCCACGAGGAACUCAGAAUAGUGAUGGUGAGGGAAGUCAGAGCGGAAGUAGUACCGAUAGUAGUACGAAAUUUAGGAGUAGAGGACGGAGAAGUAAUCAUGAUCAUUUUACUGCUGGUACCACUAGAAGUAAAAAAAAGAUCGAUCCGUAUAGUGACUCGGACUCGGACUCGGGAUAUAAUACAGAUCGGGGACCACGAGCAGCUUCAAGGACGUCAACUCGUUCUAAGAAGGCCCAAUCGAUAACCAUGAUACCGGGUAAAUACGGCCCAAAUGACGCUUACAGCGACCCUGUCCAAGAAUUGAGUCAUGUAAAAUUAGCAAAGGAGGCUAUACCUUCUGAUCACAGACGAAGAACCAGAUCAAGAAGUCGUCAGGAAAAACAUGAUAGUAAUAGGGUUGCAGAUACUGAUAAAAUCAAUGGCACGAUAGCAGAAAUAUCUAGGCGCGAGUACUUCAAGGAAGACUUAGAACAUCGCGUAGCUGAUGCGAGACCAAAGUCAGCGAAGAUAGAGCAGCCAGCUUCUUCUUACAGCGAAGGAGAGGCAGCACAACUUUGUUAUGAUUCGGAGGUGGAACUAGUAGAUUCUGGGUCUCGUCAAAGUAGAUCCAAGCCGACUGUGAAUCCUAAUAACCGAGAACAACCCCGGGAUACUAAAGCGCCAUCAGGAAGGGCAAAGUCGAGGGAACAUGCGAAUCGGCAACCACGCCAUGGAAAUGAAAAUUCAAAGGAACCAAGAAGAGAAUACAGUUUCGAGCCUAUCCGACAACCAGAUGUAGUUAGUGCGUGGGAAAUCCCGGGUCAAAACAGAACGAGAAACCCAAGCCCUGAAGCUAAUACACAAAAAAGGACAGUAAAUGAAGCGCCGUUGAACUAUCGUCGCUACUAUAAGGAUUUUAUGAGAGACUCAAACCCUCCAGCUGGGACGCCGAGAAGGCCGGUAGUUGAACAGAAAUCGAAAUCUCGUUACCCUGCAGACGGUAACAUAAAUCCAAGGCUAGCCAGUGAUAAAGGUAGAGAACAUCAUAAGAAAACCGAGCAAUACACUCCAAAUCCAGACAUAUUCGCUCAAUACGAUGCCCCACCAGAGAAAGAGAAGAAGAGAAAGAAGAGUCCAUCAAAGAUAUUCAAAAGGUUUUUCGGAAGCUGA